AGGUGGAGCGCUAUACAAAGACAGAGACCAACGCAUACUUUGAUCAGGAAGAUGUCUUCAAAUAUUCCAAGUUUCAAGAGACACAUGGAGGAGGUAGCGAUACUGAAUCAGGCGAUGACACUGAUGACCUCAGCCCAUUUGAAAAGCUUGGAAGAAAAAUGGAAGAUAUUACCGAGGAAAAAAAUGGAGGAGUCUUAAAGAAAGUUCUGACACCUGGCCAUGGUCCCCUCUGUCCUGAAGAAGCAUCUGUAUUAGUGCACUUCAACGGUUACCUUGAAUAUAAGGAUGAGCCAUUUGAUUCCAGCCGACUACGGAACAAGCCAGACAGAAUAAAACUUGGAGACUGUAUACUUGGCUGGACCAUAGGAAUCAAAACAAUGAAGAAAGGUGAACUGUCACGCUUCAUAAUCAGAUCUGACUAUGGAUGGGGUCCACAAGGCUGUCCCCCUAGAAUACCAGAAGAUUCUACAGUUAUGUUUGAGAUUGAGCUGAUUGAAGCAUUUGCAAGGGCAGGUGUUGACGACUACGAGAGCACUCCAAUGUCUGAGAGGAAAUUCCUUCCAUUUGAAAAGAUCUACAUGGCUGCUCACAGUGCUAAAGAUGAAGCUAAGACACAUUAUCACAAUGGUCACUACAGACAAGCAUCCAGAAAAUAUGAGAAGGCUAUUCGAAUACUGGAAGAGUGUUGUUUAAGAAAUGAUGAUGAAGAAAGAAAACAGCAAGAAAUGUUAAAGACACUCUACUUGAAUUGUGCCACCUGUAAGGAUAAACUCUCCAGCCCAAAGCCAGUGAUAACAUUGUGUAAUAAAGCUCUAGAGAUUGAUAAAGAUUCCGUCAAAGCAUAUUAUCUAUUAGGAGUGGCUUAUUUAAGACUUGGUGAUUUCACAGCAAGUAGGAAGAAGCUGAUGGUUGCCAGGAAAUUAAAACCUCAGUUUAAAUGUGUUUCCAAGGCACUCGCAGAACUGGAAAGUGUAGAAAAACAGCUUCGGAAUGAGGAGGCAGCAAUGUACAAACGAAUGAUCUCAGGAGCGGGUAAGAAUGAGGAAAAUGAGACGGGAAGGUCUGUGACCCAGAGGACAAAUCUUCCCCCAGACAGUGUCGAUCAGCUCGACCCUGAAUAUAAAGCCAACAUUAAGACACGAAUACAAGCCUUCAAACACAACCAAGAUCUGGACAGUCUAGAUAUUGGGUCUCUAGGAAUGACCCCUGUUGAGAUUGCAUACAUCAUAGAUCUAGCAGAGGAACUUGGGAUUGAAUGGAAAGAGUAUGGAACGGGUGAAAGUUAUCAAGUGAAGCUGGUAAAAUCCUAGUCAAUAAUCUAGUCACUACAGGUGGCUUUAAAGAUUAACUCUGGUCAGCAUUGGUGCCUAUAGAUAUUAGUACGUACAGGUGGCUUUAACCUGGGCUGUUUUCAACAAUGGAGCAUUAAACUUUGACCUUUAUCAAAGGUUAUUUUAACCCUAGAAUGCAUUCUAAAUCAGCUGAUACAUUUGAACUUUACUGAACUCUGGAAAUCAGUGACCUGCAAGCUGUACGAGCUUAAUUAAAGUUGGACUGAAG